AACGAGUUUAAAUUAAUAUAAAACGUGUUUUUAUUCGAUAACAAUGUCGCAAGAAUCCAUCAAGGUUGCUAUCAGAGCAUCAAAUCCGAUCAAAAAGGAUCACCCCAAACUGAAGAGUAGUGGUUGGGUACUUCAUGAAAACACCAUCCAACCUUUAAACGAAUCUGUGCCAAAAGAUGGUUACCCGAAGGACUUUGAUUUAGUGUUUGAUGCAGAUGUCUCAAACAAACAAGUUUAUGAAUCAUUUGUUGCCCCAAUUGUUGCGUCAUCAAUUGAAGGUUACAACGGAGCCGUUUUUACUUAUGGGGCAACAUCCACUGCCAAAUGGUUCACCAUGGAUGGAACGAUUCAAGAUUCAGGAAUGAUAUUGAGAUCGAUUGAAGAUGUUUUUAAGUCGAUCAAAAAAUUGCGCAAUGGGAAUUAUUUGGUUCGAUGCGGAUACAUUUUGAUCCACAACAAUAAAGUUUACGAUUUAUUGAAAUACACCGGAAAUGAAAUAAAAAUCACCAACGCUGGUUCUGGGCAGCUCACCUUCGGGGCUAGAGAAGCCGUAGUUUCAACGAAAAUCCAAGCUGUUGACCUGUUUUAUCUUGGACUGAGAAAUAGAAUGAUGUACAUCCAAAAUUGCAACUUCAACAUUAAACAUUGCAACUUAAUAUUUCGAAUUAAUAUUGAACACGAAAUCAAAGAAGAGAAUGACACGAAAUUUGCAUCUGCUCAUUUGAAUUUGGUUACAUUAAGUGGGUCAGAACGUGUAAGUCGUCCUGCUCAUUCUAGGAGGUUUACUGAACGCGAUUAUACCAAUAAAUAUAUGUCGAUGUUUGCUUCAACCAUCGAAAACAAAAUUAAUAAUGAACCGGUUAAUUACAACGAUUCAAUUUUAACCAUGCUUUGUCGUAACGCCAUCGGGGGGAAUGCAAAAACCGCUUUUAUCGCGUGUUUCACUAAUACAUCAGUUGAAAAUACGCAUUUCACGUUAAACUUCGCUCACAAAUUAAGAAAAAUCGAAAACUUUACUACUUUGAACAUCACAGGACAACAUAGCGUGAUUCGUGAAAUUACGUUGCAAGUGGAUGAGAUUGAGAAGAAUAUUGAUGAUAUUAAAUUUAGUUGUGCGCCGCUGAGUACCGUUGGUGUGGUAAUGCAAACGAUCGAUUUGUUGCACGAUAGGAUUAAAUUGCUUGAAUCCGUUUUUGUGAAAGGUGAUGCAUUUGAGGAGACUGAGCAUGAUUUCAGCACUUUACAGAUAAACGCAACGCAACUGAGUUGCUCUUCACUCGAAUUGCGCAUUCUUAAUGUUUUCUUAGCUAAUAUGACGUUUAGAAUUGAGCAUAUAGGCAAUAAAAUUAAAUUGCCUUUCGAGUUGUUAUAUUUUACUUUAUCGAUCGAAGCAGGAAACGAAUUCAUUUCAAAUACUCCCGAGAAUUUUUUGGAAGAUUUAAACGUAAUUGAUUAUUUACACAAAAUUGAUCCUGAGGAUCAUUUGGAAUUGCCGAUCAGCGAUGAUGAGACAGAUGUUUCUACUGAUCAAGACACAAUUGAUAUCGAUGUUUCCCCUUUAACAUCGGAAUUUUCCGCUUUGGAGAGAUCCAUUCAUUCCCAAAUCCAGAAUGAAGAAUUACGAGCAGAGCUUAACAAUUUAUCCUCGAUCUUCCAUCUCAGACUCGCCGAACAAUACACCAUCAACUCAAACGCCAAAGCGAAAAAUAAAGAACUCCUCCAAAAAUUUGCUGCGUUAAAAAAUAAAUACGCCAAUGAAGAGGCAGAAAAUAACAUCAGCACCGCGCGAUUAGAAACGGUCGAGCGUGAAUUAGCACUGCGAAAAGCACCGGUUCAAGGAGAUAUCCGUAAACAAUACGAUUUACUUCUCCUGGAAGCCGAUAAAAAGGAUAUGGAAUAUUUCAGCGUGAAACGCGAGAAAGACGAACUUGAAAAACAAGUUUACGAGUUAUCCACAACGUUGGAACUUUGUAAAUCGGCUAAAUUGGCGGGGAAAAGUUGCAAAAAAUUAACCGCCACUGAAUCAACGCUUCGUUUAUUACAAUCUGAAAUACAAGACUUAAAUCAAAGAUUAGCCGAACAAGAUUCUAUCAUGGAAGAGAUGACCAUGAAACAUAAACAUCGCGAAGACGAUCUUCUUAAGCGGGUUCACGAUAGAGAAGCACCUCAUGAACGAAGUUUCAUCUCCGUGCCAAGCGCUGAGAAGGAAAUUCAAGCUACACCCAGCUCAGAAGAUGUUGUCGCUCAAACGGAAAAAGAAUACAAAUUAAGUUUAAACGUUUGUUUGCAAACUACCCCGUAUUUUGAACCUGUCGUUGAAGUUAAAGAAACUGAAAUUCAAACGGACAAAAAGGUUGCGGAAAAUGUUGCUACGCAAACUCAAAAAUGCGUCAUCAUCCCACGUUCUUCGAGCAAACCUGAUUUAGCACCAGUAUCUGAAAAUUCCCAAGAAUACAACACUGUUAAAUUUAGUACGAGUCAAGCUACCAUUCGUAGUACUAGUAGCAUUGAUCCAGUUACUGGGGAGACGUUGAGUCCAAUAGAAGAGGAAUGCCUCGUCGAUUUGAGACGAUGUGAUGUGAUGAUGGAAGAUAACAAAUCACUUCUUAGGAAUGUAAAUAGGUUACAUGUUGAUUAUAUAAAGGAAAUUGGCAAACACACUGAUCGCGAUUCCGCAUUACACGAAGAAAUGCGCAUGAAAGAAGAGGACCUUUUCCGGGUUAAAUCAUCAUUGCAAACUAUCAUUGAAAAAUUACGAAACUCCAGCAACGAGUUAUUUAAAAUGAAAGAAAGGCGUGCUUCUUAUAGAGUUUGUGCUAGCAAAUCUCAAAUUCUUCAAACACUUCAAAUUACAGAUUGUGAGAGUUGUUCUGAAUUAACUGGCAAACUUAAGCGAUUAGAGAAGAAAGUAUCUGAGCUUGAGUUGUCUGAACCUCUGGAAAAGAGCCGGGAAAGAAUGAAUGUAAUUAGAAUGGAUGUUAAUAAGCUUCAGAAAGAAAGCAACGAAUUAAAUGAAAAGUACAUUAAAUUAAAAGAAGAAUAUGUGAUUGCAUUGCUGAUGAUUGAAAGCCAAUCAGAAGAAUCUCAACAAACAGACAAAGAUUAA